UUCAAAGCGUACGUUUGGUAUGUUUACUGUAUGCUUAUGUACGUUCAAAGUACGUUUGGAACGUAGCCAUGGUUGAAGUUUGUAUUUGUAAUUAUCUUUCAAAUUGAAAAGUAUCGCUAUAGGAUGUCAAUUAGGUCAAAAUCCAUUGGUUUACAAAAAUUAAAAUAUUUAUUAGUUCAAAAUCGAUGUCUCAGCUAUGUUCAAGGGCAAGAACCCGAACCAAAGAUCCGAGAAUAUUUUUACUAUAUUGACCAUCAGGGUAUGUUAUUUUUGGAUGAUUCUAAAAUGAAAAACUUUACGUCUUGUUUUAAAGAAAAAAAAUUUUUAGAGUUCUUUUUCAAAAGGAUACGGAUUAACAAAACUGGGAGAUAUGAAAAUGAAUUUCCUUUUAUAUCACUUUGCGGACGAGAAAGAAAUUUUAUAAGAUGUGAUGAUGUGCCCAUUGUCUAUACGCACCUAAUAACAGUGGAGGAUGAUUUUUUGACUUAUGGGUAUGCAGGUGAUUUGUUGAAAGCCAAAUUUAAACCUAAUAAAAUAUUUAUGUUACCUAGUACAGGUAGAGUUUAUCAUCCUGCAGAAGAAAAGUUUGGUGGUGUUGGGCUGAUUAGAUCAAAACUUGCUAUUGAACUCAGUAAAAGGUUUGAAUUUCACCAUGGUGAAAGUAAGCCACCUACUCAUUUUAAUUGGAAAGAAAUAGACUAUGAAAUAGAUCAAGACUGGUUAAAUAACAUCAUUAUGAAAAAUAAUAUUGAGUUAAAAUGAAAUAAUUAAUUGAAUAAAUUAUUAUACUUUAUUUACUUACAUAACUUAGUCUUUUUGUAAAGCUAUGG